AUUGGCCGCCGCCGCUCCGCCCUCCUCCUAGGUAACUUGCGGAGAGUUUCGGGCGGAGCCGAGGAAGGAGGAACGGUUUAUAUUGGGGAGCCCUUGCAGCGCACGGACCUGGGUUUCUCUGCAACGGGUCCGGGACUUGGUUACCACACGGAGAGAGAGAGGAAGCCCGCCGAACUGAAAGGAACACUUCACUGGGAAAUAAACAAAUACACAAAUUAUCAAACAUGCCUGCAAAACAAGAUGAUGGUGGAUGGAAGCAGUUUCUUUGGAACUCGGAGAAAGGAGAAGUGCUGGGUCGGACUGGAGGCAGUUGGUUUAAAAUCAUCCUCUUCUACAUCAUCUUCUACGGCUGCCUGGCAGGCAUCUUCAUCGGGACCAUCCAAGCCUUGCUGCUCACCCUGAGCAACUUCAAGCCCACCUGGCAGGACCGAGUCGCACCCCCAGGCCUUUCACACACCCCACGAUCAGAGAAAUCUGAAGUGGGCUUCAACCUCAACGACAUGGAGACCUACAUGCCUUACACCAAGGCCAUGAAAGAGAUCCUCGCCAAGUACGAAGAGGAGUUUCAGAGGGACCAGCUGAAGUUUGAGGACUGUGGAGAGGAUCCCGCAGAGUACAGGAACCGCGGCGACCUGGAGAGCGACAUCGGCAUCAGGAAGGCGUGCCGUUUCCCCAAGACUGCGCUGGGCCCCUGCUCCGGCAUCGAGGACCGCGAGUUUGGCUACAAGGAGGGGAAGCCGUGCCUGAUCGUGAAGCUCAACAGGAUCGUUAACUUCCGUCCGAGGCCUCCAACCUCCAACGCCAGCAUCCCCGAAGAGGCUCAGUCCAAAGUGCAGCCCAACGUCAUCCCCAUCUUCUGCACCAACAAGAGAGAGGAGGACGCGGGUAAAAUCGGCGAGAUCAAGUACUGGGGCAUCGGCGGCGGCUUCCCCCUGCAGUACUACCCAUACUACGGCAAGCUGCUGCACCCCCACUACCUGCAGCCGCUGGUGGCGCUGCAGUUCACCAACCUGACCCUGAACACUGAACUGCGCAUCGAGUGCAAAGUGUUCGGAGACAACAUCCACUACAGUGACAAGGACCGCUAUCAGGGACGCUUUGACAUUAAACUCCAGGUGAACAGUUUAUGACCGACGUCAGGACCAUAGCACUUCCCCCGACCGCCCCUCCCCCACACUGCCCCCUUUGUUCUUAAAUCUAAUGUAGGAGAUCAGUAUAUAUCCAGCGAGGGGGCAGGACGUAGCGGUUAAGUCAAUCACAACUAGUCUUGAAUUUAAAUGAAGAAAAAUCCUGCUAGGGGACCGACGUGUAAUCUGUCUGCUCUCAUCACUAGCUUCCACUCUUUAGCGUUAGAUUGUAAUUUUAGAGGAAAACUAGCAAUAGGCCUAAUAAGAGAUAUUUAUUCUGCUGUAAAUGACUUUUCCACAAGCCAUGGGACAUCGAUCAUUGAUGACUGUCGAGCCGAAAUCAUCUCUGACGCGUAGCCAGCCGUGUUCGUCCCCUCUGCGCAAUCGCUGCCUUGUGUGGCGACAGUAGGUAUUUUUUGUCGCAAAAUCCGGUCCUUUUAAAGCCACGCUGUCCCUCUGUGAGCACGCUUUAGCUGUCCUGUGCGUGUGUGUGUGUGUGUGUGUGUGUGUACGUGUGUGUGUGUCCGACAUGAACACACGCGCUCGCUCUUGCUUAAUGAUUGAAACGGUUUGAAAUGGUACACUCUUCUGAUCUGUGUAAGGAAAAGGCUGCACUCCAGGGAACUUCUUUCCUCUUUUUAUUCGUCUUUUACAUCUGAUCACUUUUUACUUUUACUUUUUGUUGCUUGUUAAAUCAUUUAAAUGUGUGAAGGGGUUUUAUUACUUGGUUUCAUGCCUUCUACUCUUUGAUUUUGCCUUGAAUGUAGAGUUGUGUGUCCAGCCUGUUAGACACUUGGCCUGCUGCUGUAAAGGCGACGGUGCUAACUCGACUUUUAGAGAUUUUUUGUUGUUUUGUUCUUUUUGCUGGAUUCAUCACAUCACCGUGGUGUAACUCUCUGAAUGUUUUAGCCAUUAAACAUGGUGGGAGAAUUUUAUAUUUAUGCAGUUGUACAUUUUUUUCCUCUGAAGAAUGUUGUAAUGUGUAAAUGCAAAACCAAAGUUGAAGAGAGUCUUUAUCAGAAGCAAUGCAGUACUUUUGUUUUGAGGAGCUCGUCAUGCUAAGUGCUAAAGUCAGUGUCUUGCCUUGCGACCCAUCAUGGUUCACUCUUGAUUUGUGUCCUGGCCAUGAAUGUAGUGUAGGUGUUUUGUGAACAGGCGACUCGCCGUCUGACGUUCAUGCAUUUUAAAAAAGAUCGAGCUCUGACGGAGCUCGUGGCUUUAGAUGAAACGAUGUUGGCUUUAAAAUCCAUCCAAUCCAAAAUGUUGAUGUUCGACUUGAACUUCUGCAUCAGUCAGUUCUCCAUCAGUUCAUCCACCUUUGUCAUUUAAUCAAUGAUAGAAAGAAAUAAAAUCAAAAUGGACCUUU